ACAGCGACGACGUUGUAAUUGGUGCUCAUUGAAAGCUUCCAGCUAUCUUAGGCAUUGUGGUCAAUUAUGCUUCAAAUGGAAGCGACCGCACAGGGAAGGCCUGCUUGUACAAGGUUGACGUGGAGAGCAAUUCCGGAUGCCGGUUGUCCCGAUGGUCUCAAGCACGCGCCUCUCAACACCGGCCUACAUAUGUUGUGAAAGAAGCCAAUCCUUUGGAGACGGAUUCAUGUCGUCUCCAACGACGUCAGCAUUGAAAUCUCCUUGGGCCAUCCAUCGACCACGAAGAGCGUCUCGCAGGCUUACGCUGGGCCUUGGGCUCUGUGCCAUCGCCAUGGCAUACAAAUUCUUGCCCUUCCUUCUGGCUAUAUUCGACCACACUCAAGCGACCCGAUAUGGCAACAAUCAUGUCAGCGUCAGAAAGGAUGAGCCACAAGUAGAGGCGAACUUUCCGGAUCCUGGGGUAAAGCUGUUUUCACCAGCCUUUUUAGACGAACAUAGCGUCCAAUCUGGGUUCAAGAAUGGCACUACGGGACCUACGAGCGAUGAAACAUUGACAGAUUUCUUGUCACUGCUAGACGAAAGGAAUGACUGGUUUCACUGGCAACCAGCCGAAUAUCUUUCGGAAGAAGGGAGAUCAAUCGACUUCGUCUAUGUCUCUCAAGAUCCCCAACCCCAUACUUCGACCGACAGAGCUCGAAUCUGGAUCCAGGGUGGCGUGCACGGGGACGAGCCCGCCGGAGAUCAAGCUGUGCUUGCACUGCUGGGUGAAUUGGACUCGAACAAAACGUGGACUACCUCUAUUUUGGAGAAAGUAGACCUACUACUUCUACCAAGAUACAACCCAGACGGCGAGGCGUAUUUCCAACGACUGCUGGCUUCGAACUUCGAUCCAAAUCGCGACCACAUCAAACUUGCAAGGCAACAAACUCGAGAUAUCAAGAAGACUUUCAGCAAAUUCGACCCACACGUCGCUGUGGACCUUCACGAGUAUUCUGCGAGACUGCAGUUACUUUCCCAUGGAGAAGUCUAUGUCCCACAAGCAGAUGCAAGAUUCAGCGCGGCGAAGAAUCUUAACAUCCAUCCCGACAUAAGCGCCUUGUCUGAGAAGCUCUACGCGCCAGCUAUAGCGUCGAAUCUUGAAGCUAAUGGCCUGAGAUGGGAGCCGUAUGCUGCAAUAGGGCCUGGUCGGAAACCCAACGAAACGAUAUCAUUUGUGGAGGCUGAAAGCGAUGCAAAGAUUGGGCGUAAUGCGAUGGGACUGAUUCAGGCAGUUUCAUUCCUCUGCGAAACACGAGGAAUCGGUAUCGCUGACCAGGAGUUCGCGCGGCGCACCUACAGCGGACUGAGUAUGCUGGAGAGCAUCGUGCAGACCACAGCAGACCACGCCUCUGAAGUCCUAGAAACGAUCACGAAGAGCGUCGAAGACUUCGUCCAAAGCAAGGAGCACAUCGUGCUCACAGACCAUGCAGUGAAAACACAAAACAACUGGACCUUCAUAGAGCUCGAUAGCGGAGAUUUGGCUGAAGUCCUGAUUGACUUUUCCUCAACUACACCUACACGAGCGAACCUCACAAGGCCGAGACCCGAAGCGUAUCUCAUUCCUCGAACAUGGGCUGAACUUGCUGAGAAGCUGCGGGUAUCCGGACUCGAAGUUGAGACGCUGCCGGACGCGUUUCACGGGACUGUUGAGGCUCUGACGAUAGAGACGUCGAAGUUCGUGGAGCCAGUGUCGUACUAUGAGGGUGCAAUUCCAGUCAGAGUGACAACAAAUUCCACUAUGAGGGAAAUUUCGCUUCCGAAGGGGAGCUUUCGAAUUAGCACGAGGCAGAAGAAUGCUGCCCUUGCGUUUGCUGCUCUGGAGCCAGAGGUCAUUGAUUCGUACGUCAGUGUCAACAUCAUACCGCUUGAAGAAGGAGACGAAUAUCCCAUAUUCAGAGUGCUGUGA